UUGACCUUGGAGACGAGGCCGAAGCAUACGAGCUCCGAGGCUCUCUCGUGUCUGCAUCGAUCCAGCCGCGUGUGAAGGCACUGUGCUUCCCAUCCUCUCUGCACUUCGCUCGCAAGUGGAACCAUGUCUACCUUGAAGCACGCCGGUAUGCAGAUCUGUGCAGGCGGAUCGGCAGGGUUCGUGGAAGUGUGCAUGAUGCAGCCGUUGGACGUGCUGAAGACUCGAUUCCAGCUUCAGACCAAGGCCGUGGCCGGAGACAUGCAUUCCUACACCUCCAUCGUGGACUGCAUGAGGAAGAUGUACAGGGCCGAAGGAUUCCUCUCCUUCUGGAAGGGCGUCAUUCCUCCCAUUCUCGUGGAAACGCCGAAACGAGCCGUGAAGUUUUUCACCUUCGAGCAGUACAAGAGGAUGUUCACAUUUGGAUCUCAGGGACCAACACCAUUGACGUUUUCACUCGCAGGCUUGGGUGCAGGGGUGACGGAGGCCAUCCUGGUGAACCCCUUCGAAGUGGUGAAGGUCUCCAUGCAGGCGAAUCAUUCCCACCAUCGGGUCGCCCCGUCCACGGUUGCGACCACCAUGGAGAUCGUGAGAUCCAGUGGGUUCGGUCUGCGGGGUCUCAACAAAGGAAUCACGGCCACCAUGUGCCGCAACGGAUCCUUCAACAUGAUUUAUUUCGGAUUCUACCAUUCCGUGAAGGGAUACUUCCCUCACGCUCAGGAUCAUCGUUUGGAAGUACUUCGACGGUUGCUGAUCGGGCUGAUCGCAGGGACGAUCGCUUCCUGCUUCAACAUCCCGUUCGAUGUGGCGAAGUCCCGGAUCCAAGGACCACAGCCCGUUCCUGGGCAAGUCAAGUACAGGACCACCCUGGCAUCCAUGCUUACCGUGUACAGGGAAGAAGGGUUUCGGGCCUUGUACAAGGGACUCGUCCCUAAAGUUCUCCGUUUGGGACCAGGUGGAGGAAUCAUGCUGGUCGUGUAUGAAUACGUGUACGAGAAGCUCCAGCACACCUUCCCCGACUGACGAGAAUUCUGUAUGAAUCCGACUGUCCAUAGUAUUUGCAUGUGAUACGUACGUAUUUUUAUGCCAUCUCAUUCAUUCUGGAAAUAAAGCCGCCCUUUUCUCGAAA